GACGUUGAAACCAGCUGCUAACAAACAGCUGAAGGUGAAACUGAACAUCGAUACUCGUGUGUGUUCAGAGGCGGUUUAACCUUCCCCGAGUUCAUUAACCCUCAGAUCAGACCGAGUUCCCAUCAUAGAAACUAACCAGCAACGGCAGCGAACACAGAAACCUCCACAUCAGGGCUGAAGGUAAUUCUGGCUGUGUUGGUGUGUGUGCACAUGAAGCAGCAUGGCGGUGUGUCUGCAGGUUAUGGGUCUGGUUCUGGGGGUGUUGUCCUGGUGUCUGCAGUCCAGCGUCACCUCCUCUAAGACUUGGAGGGUGUCGAGUCACACUGAGUCGGUCACCACCAGUCAGUCGCAGUUCGAAGGCCUGUGGAUGAGCUGCGCCGCCAAUUCGCUGGGGUCCAUCCAGUGCAGCCGGUUCAAGACGGUCCUGGGUCUGCCGGCUCACCUCCAGGCCUGCAGGGCUCUGAUGAUCCUGUCCCUGCUGCUCGGUCUGGCCUCCAUCAUCGUCUCGGCUCUUGGACUCAAAUGCACCAAGAUCGGUCGGAUGGCAGAGGAGGUGAAGGAGCAGAUCGUCCUGAGUGGAGGAAUCAUGUUCAUCCUGUCUGGUGUCUUCACUCUGAUCGCCGUCUCCUGGUACACCACCAGGGUCAUCCAUGACUUCUAUGAACCUCUGUAUGGAGGUCUGAGGUUCGAGCUGGGUACUGGUCUGUAUCUGGGCUGGGCGGCCUCUGGUCUGGCCAUACUGGGAGGAUCACUGCUCUGCUGCUCCUGCAAGAGGCGCCGCUCCAGCCCUCCUCCUCGCAGGCAGUUUUCACAUUAUUCCACCACAGGAGGAGGACAGAGUUUCUACAGAGCUCCAUCCUCCGACCACAGCAGCUCCAAAGCUUACGUCUGAACCCGGCGGACUCCCUCCGAUCCUCCUGAAGACAUGAAGCUCCUCUCUGCUUGAGAAACAUGGAAAAAUCUCACGAUCAUGUUGUAAUGAAAUGUGUGUGUGCAGUACUGGGUUUGACCAGUAGGUGUCUCCACUCUGAAUUAGUGAAGCCUGUAACAGAUCAUUUAUUUAUUGCAUAAACUUGAUUGAUCAACACA